AUGAACAACAACUCCCCACUUCGCGUCUUCGACCUUUCGAGUCUACCUCUUUAUCCCAUCGAUUCCACCAUGGCCGACUCCAAACCUUCCGCCCAGCCGUCUGCCACCAAGACCGACACCACCAUGGCCGAUCCCUCUUCCGCCCAGCCGUCUGCCACCAAGACCGACACCACCAUGGCCGAUCCCUCUUCCACCAAGCGCAAGUGGAAGACCGACCCUAACUUCGCUGAGUUUCGAGGCAUCCAAACUACCGAAAUCAAGGGAGCCAUGAACAUGCAUCACCAAGUUGAUGCCGCCGCUUGGCAUUCCCGAGUGCUGUACACGGACGAGAAUGGGAAGGUUCUCUACGCUGUCACCGUUGUGAUGCCUUCGUUGGUCUGCCACCAAGCAUUCAACAAGAAGUAUCUUGGGCCUCCCGGCGUUAACCACCCCGUCCUUCCCUGGUACCAGCUUCCGGACAAGGAGCCUUCUGACGAUGUUGACGAUGUUGAAGCCAUCACGGUCCAGUGUUGCAACAUGCAUGGUAUCGCCCUUCUUGCUCAGCAUGGGUGGUGGGCCAAUGCUGUUGUAAAAUCAGGGGGCCAGUUGGAAGAGCAUGCGCAACAUCUGGUUCAAACCUUGGUCCAUCGUCUGGUUCAAACCUUGGUCCACGACGGGGAAGGCGACUGUAUCAUGUUCUUGAGGGGUUCAAUCCUCCCACCGGAAGAACUCGCAACCGCCCCCUCUGCCUUCCGUGACGCUAGCGAAACCCCUCCCGAUGCUGACUUGAUGGCCAUGAUUAAGGAACAGAUCGAAGCAAGCCUUCAACGCCAAGAACAAGAAGGAGCCCGAGGAGAAGCGUUGGUGGCCAAGAAGGAUCAGAAGGAUGGCGGCGCCAAGAAGGACAAGCAGGAUGACGGCAGCAAGAAGGACAAGCAAGAUGACGGCAGCAAGAAGGACGUCAACAAGCCCUUCAAACAAGCUUUGCAUCCCUUCAUCCGGCCUGGUGAGGCCUCAAGCUCUGAUUCUGGCUCGGACGAUGAUGAUGAGGUUAUGGAAAUGCCUCCACCCGCCCCUCGCAAGAUUGAUGCCGUUGACUUGACCAAUGUCGACACUACUGAUGAUGACGAGGAGGACGAGGAUAGCGAUGAAGAGGACUCGAACAGCAAGUAG